AUGGAUGUAAAUGAAUUAGACGAAUCACCAGACAAGCCAAGACCAGCAUCAAAUGUGGCUGAAAGCAAUGAUGGAACGAGUCGUCAUGUUAGCAAGUCAAAAUCGUCAUGGGGUUUAUCCACUGCUGUCCAUAGUGUAGGAUUUGUUGCCAAAAAGGUGGUAAAUAAUGGAUUGACAGAUUCCUUAUGGCAUUCAAGAAAGGGCGGUUCAAGUGCCUCUGAUGAGGAGACUGCAAAGUUGCCUGUCUUAAGUAAUACUACAGAUGAAAGAGAAAAGGAUCCAUCUGAGAUUUCCAAAAAUCUUGAUGCCUCACCUAAUAAUCGAGGGCCUAGUGCUGCAGAUGUUAGCACAACAGGUUCCAGAGAUAUUGACCCCUCAGAAGAUUUAAAACCUACUGGUAACCUACAUGUUAGCACAACUGGGCCUAAUAUUAUUGAUCAGUCAGAGAGCACGAAACGUGUAAAACCAGUUAAAUAUCAGCAUCGAUGGCCUAGUACGACAGCUUCUAAUUAUGUUGGUCAAUCAGGAGGCAUAAAACCUCGAGAGAGCUCACAUGCUAAACUAGUUCAUCAACACCGAUGGCCUAGCAGAACAAGUUCUCAUGCUGUUGAUCAGUCAGAGAAUAUAAAAUCUCGAGAUGGAUCACAUGCUAGGCUAGUUAAUCAACAUCGGUGGCCUGGAACAGUGAAUUCUAAUGUUUUAAGUAAAGGUAUCAAACAGCCCGAUGAAGCUAUUAAGCUGGCGCCCAAUGUCAGAAAAGCGUCUUUGCCCAAUUACGCUAGUAAGCCUGCACUAGAUUCUUCAAGUGAUGCUACAAAUAUAUCAUCAUCAUCAUCAUCAUUUGUUUCGAAUAAUAGAUUGAAAAUUGACGACUCUAUUCAAGCCCAACCAUCUUCACCUGCUAGUAGAGAGGUCAAUGAUACCCCUGCAACAAGAGGCCUUAGCCCUACCCCCUCUUCCGGAAGGGAUAAUGCUCUAAAAGUUGAUCCACCCACUGUUUCUGAAGAGGCGGACCUUUCGAAUUCAACUAAAGAGGUUGACCCUUCUCUAGUUACAAGAGGAGUAACCACUUCCCUUACACCCAGGGCGAGAGGGGCGAGUCCUAUACCUCCGUCUAGAUCAUCUAGUCCUCCACAUGACUUUCAUACCCCCAUGCCAUCUAGCCCAAGGGAACUUUCCAAUUUAGAUACAGUUUCUAUCUCUACCGAGAGUGGCCAUUCUCCUAACAAUGAGAUUGGUCAUACCUCGACUGCAGAGGUAAGCCCUACCGAUACUACUAGAGAUUUAAGCCCUGGCUCCUCCUCCGAUGGAACGACAAACCCCACUCACAUUGCUACUUCUGUCAGAGGGGUUAGUCCUCUUCCCACUAAAGGGUUUAGUCACCGUGUUAGAGGCGUCAUUCCCUCUCUAACAAAGCCAUCUAGUACAAAACACUUCUUGAAAUCAAAUGUAUUUUCAAUUUUCUCAAAGAUCACUGAUGUUAGAAAGGAAAAGAAUGUUUCAAAUCACAUAGAAGAUUCUAAAUAUCUGGAACUACUUCACAAUAUACAAUUGCAAUGGCAGUUUGCUAAUGCGAGGGCAGAAGCUGCAUUUGAUCUUCGAAGAGUGACUGCUGAGAAAUCUUUAUUUGAUGCAUGGAGAACUAUUUUAGGACUUCGGGAUUCUAUAGCUGCAAAGAAAGUUGAUAGCGUCUUGUUGAUAUUACAGCUAAAGCUCCAUGCCAUUUUACACCGGCAAUGUGAACUGAUGGCAUUUAUUGAUGAGUGGGCGUCAAUUCGAAAAGAGUAUGAAUCUGCUUUAUCUGUAACCACCAACGAUCUACAAGCAAGAAGUCUUUCGGUUCCUCUUAUUGGAGGGGUUAAGGCAGAUAUUAAAGAUUUGAAGCUGGUUGUUUUCUCUACUGUCCAAGUACUACAGGCAACGACAUCCCGUAUACAGUCUACACUAUCAAAGUUGGACAAAACACAUUUCUUGGCUUCUCAACUUGCCAAUAUUGCAUUACAUGAAAGAGCUCUUCUUGAUGAAUGUGAAAUCUUUUUGGCUUCUACAGCUCCUUUACAGAUGGAGGAAUGCAGCCUUAGGAGCUAUCUCAUACAGGCAAGUCGAACAAGCAUGAACGAACAAUGAAUUACCUUAGGAGAUUGAGCAAUGUUUAGUUGAACGAAGCGUUUCUAACUUAUGACUCCUCAUUGACAUUACCAAUGCUAACUUAUGGAUUAAUCUGGUUAUGCCCAAGUAGUUAGAAUAUGUUUAGUUUAACCAACUUAGAAGAUGAAUCUAAUGUAUUGUUGAGUAAUUACCGAUGCUGCAUAUUUACUGAUGUUUUAGGGAAAAAAGAUUAAUUG